AUGUUCGACAACGGCACUGAAGAUGUCCGCUUCUACAAGGAAAAGUUCCCGCAGCCGGGCGAUUGCGUGGUGGUUAUUGUCGGAAAGAGCACUAAAGAUGGCGUCCGCGUCAAACUUCUCGAAUACGGCCAUAUCGACGGCUUUAUCCGCAAGGAGGAUAUUGACCGCUGUAAAGAGACGUUCGUUCUUUUGAUUGCCCGGAAGGGCAAGAACGAGGUCGUCAAGGUUCUCAGUGUCAACGCUGAGACUGGCUAUACCGAGCUAUCGAAGCUUCAAGUCACCGACGACGAGCACAAAACGUGCGAUGACAAGUACCACAGAGCAGUAACCGCCGAUUGGGUGCUUCGCUCCGUCUCUAACCAGACUGAGAAAGUCUCGGUGGUACAGCUAUACGAAGAUAUCGGCUGGCCCCUCGUCGAGACGUAUGGUAGUCUGUACGCUGCUUUUAUCGCUAGCAAGAAGAACGACCAAGUCUGGCAACCCUUCACCUUUCCCGCACCCGAGGUCCUCUCUACACUCAUCGCCUGUGUUAAUACCCGCAUUUCUCCCGAUCCUGUCAGUCUCUACGCCGAGAUAGACGUUCGCUGCAACGGCUACGGUGGAAACGAUGCCAUAAAGAGUGCCCUUUUUGCCGGUGAGGCCAUGGGCACCGACAUAGUGCCCAUCAAGACGCGUCCUAUUGCCGUGCCGCUGCAUAGAAUCGGCUCCGAGCGGUGUUACGACCGUGUGAUGGGGCUCGAGACGCUGGCCAAUGCUGUCGACGCGGUUAAGGAGGUGAUUGAGAGAGGGGAUGGGGAGUGCAACGUAAGGAAGUGGCCAGAUGUGAGCGCGGAGGAGAAGAGAUUACUUGGUUGUAGAUUGAGCCAGCUGGUGAUGGAGGCGGAGGAGGCGGACUGGGAGGAGGGGGAGGAGGAAGACGAGGAUGAGGAUGAGGAUGAGGAUGAGGAUGAAGAUGAAGAUGAGGAGGAGGAGGAGGAGGAGGAGGAGGAGGAGGAGGAGGAGGAGGAGGAAGAUUAG